AUGGAGUUACUGAAACCUAUUUAUUUUAAGGACAAAGAGAUCCACGGGAUUAUAACAAAUGAAGCUAAUCGUGUUUCUGACUAUGAACUCUCUGUAGCAACAAGUAAAGUUGUGAAUGAUAUUCAAUGCAUUCAAAAAGACAGAGGUCUUUGGCGGGUCUAUGUCAAAUCGUCCAACAGCAGAUCAAAACUUCUACAGGAAGGUUUUGAUAUCAGAAAUAGGCACAUUAGUGUAUAUGACACCAACCCCUUCUCCGCAGGUACCAAUGAACCGUCUGAGCAGGUGCUCAAAAUUACGGUCAAAGGAGUCCCUCUGUCUGUAGAUGAUGAUGAAAUCAUGAAAAUGCUAAAACAGUUUGAUCUAAAUUUCACCAGUGGCUUAAAGUAUGAAAAUAUUAGACACCCCGAAACAAGAAAAAUGACAGGAAUUUUGAACGGUAAUCGCUUCAUCUAUGUUAGCGCUCUGCCGGACGGCAAAUUUCUGCCCCGUCAAUGCAAAUGCGCAGGGUUGCAGUGUUUCAUAUAUCACUACGGUCAACCUUCAAAUAAACGCACCCCUCUUUGUACUAACUGCUGGGAGGCUACCCACUAUAGAAGAGACUGCCCUAACUCGUCCAGAUGUAAGGUCUGUAAGAAGGGCGGACACUCCCCGGGUGAUGAUACGUGUGACCACUACACAGCACCUUUAGCCAAAGUUGUACCUUUUGCGGGGGCUUCUGAUACCCUAUCCAAUUUUUUCCCAUGUGAAAUAAAAGCAUUUGGUGUUACUCACAAAUCGUCGGAACACGCGUUUCAAUACGUGAAAGCUGUACGAAGUGGCGAUAUUCCCAAAGCAAACGCAAUUCAGUCUGCGACUACUGCAUUAGAUGCAAAAAAAAUUGGAAAAACCAUCUCGAACUCUACAAGUUUUGAAUCUGAAAAAUUAGCUUUGAUGACAGAAAUAAUAGAAGCGAAAUUUGACCAGGUAUCUGCGUUCCGUGAGGCUUUGCGUAAAGCAAAAAAAUCAACAAUCUUCGUUGAGGCAACCUACGAUGAUUUUUGGGCGUCCGGUAUUGACAAAGAGGGAACGAUCCACACCCAUCCCACUGCCUGGCCCGGUCAAAACAAGUUAGGGGAAAUCCUGACCAACGUCGCUACAUCUCAUUCUAACGACAAUCGAACCACUCAGCGCUCGAAUUCAGCACCGCGAAUGUCCAAAGAGGGCUCCCAGCGGGCCAUCUCCAGUAUGCUCAGCGAGCUCAGAGCCCCGAGAAAACGCGAUUGCUCCGGUACACGGAAAAAUUCACCAAAGUCACACAAACAAGCUAACAGUGAUGGCUAA